AUGCAAUCUUCCGAAAGGGAUAAAACGUUCUUUGUGAAUAAGGCGAAACAGAUUGGCCUCAUUGCCGCCGAUGCCGAGGCCGGAGAUAUUAAGACGGAGUAUUUUAGAAUCGAGGAGGUUAGCUACAAUCGAUUCCUAUACAUCGAAGAUGAAGAUAAUACCGGCAACUUCGUAGAAAGAAAGGUGGAAUUUGCGACAAUUGUGGACGAGCCUUCGGACCAUGAACUAUACAACAAUGACGAUGACGAUAACCCCUUACGUCAUCGUCAUUAUCGUAACUAUCGGGUGUGCGCUGUAUCUGAGAGCAGCGCAUGGGCAUAUCCAGCUGAAUCGUGA